UCGCUCUCGAUUUCUAUGCGUGAUAGAAAUCUCGAGCUCAUAAUCUUAUUGUUUAUUAGACAUUUAUUAAUAAGAGAGAAGUCUGCAUAGAGAGGUCAGGUCGAUUCGAGAAGACAAUGCAGUCUAUCGACUUUCUAAUAUUAAGUGUAUGAUAGACACAAAUUGUAAAGCCCAGUCUUCCCUUAAGCCCUCGGUCGAUCUAAGUUGACGGAUUAAAAUCUUAAGCAAACAGUAAAUUUACAAGAGUUAAAAGUUGAAUUACUUUUCUUCCUCAAAACUGUAGUCAGUCACCUUAAUCACUACAAUUACCUUAAUCAAUACAAUUCCAUGGGAAUGUUAAUGAGAGUCAGUCAGUCAUAAGAUUAAUCCGGCACGGACACUGCUUAUUAACUUCGCCUAUUUUUUAGCUAACGAUCAUAGUUAAUAAAUCACAUAUAUCUUGCCGAACCAUUUGAUUGUCCCUGGUCUAAUGUGCCAACACACCGGGGCGAGAACUACUUCUUCGACACGCGUUCCCGACGUACCUGCAUGCACGUUUUUCAUCACGUGCCGUAAUAAGACGGUUCACAUACCGUGAACAUUACAAACAGCCAAAACUAUUUCAAAUAGUAAAUUAACUGAUUAAUUAAAUUCAUCUCGACUCUCAGUGGCUUUAUGGUUCCCUGGCAGAGCUUUUGGGCCGGAAUGACAAAGACCAUUAUGUUUCCGAAGUUGAUUUCAGUGUUUCUUGGCUAGAUGUUAAUUUUCUUUUAAUUCUUUCACCCUCAAGCAAGUAACUAAAAAGCAUCUUAUAUGCAGUUGGUUAAUCGCCGAACCGAAAAUGACGUAUCUAAACCGACACACCGCCAUUGAGAGCCCUCUAUUGGUCGGGAAACCUAUUCAAAACAAUUAAUUUCGAAUCAAUUACUUAAAUAUUGUAUAGCUUCAUUAACAACUGAAUAGGCUCAAAAUCAAAUGCUCCGCGGAAUGUUAUUAACUCUGCUUCAGUUCAACUUUAAUCCUCUAAAUCACAGCGAAGUCUGUCCAAUUAACAGCAUCGGCAAUACGCAAAGACAUAACUAUUAUAAACCCGAAGAUGGACUUCGAAAAGGAAAUGCAAAAGUCUUUGAGAGUUAUCCGCCAGAAUAUUCAAGCUCUGAAGGGAAGAGAUAAGAGGCCAGUCGACUUGAAUGAUUCGCGAAUGAGAGUUAAACGAUGGCGGCACUCUCUGAUUCUACCAGCCCAGGGGACUUCUGCCAAGUUCGUAGAACAGCAAAGUACUCACAAAGAACGGUGUUUUAGUAUCUAAAGAAGCGUAAAGAUGAGGUUUGAGCAUAACUGGUGAAAGGACAGUCUGAAGCAAGUCUGAUAUACCACGAAUGACAAGCGCCACAAAAACAGUAGAUCAGCAACAACGGCAUAUUUUUCAGACUACCAAGACCAUCCAGCAAGCUGCUCUCUGAAAUAACUGUACUGGAGGGGUUCUUGAACUGGAAGACUGCUGAAAACAAAUGAAUGAAUGCCUUCAGGAAAUUAAUUAAUUAAUUCGAUCUACGUGAUCUCCCAACGUAUUUUUUAACAAUUGUUGUUACUCUGCUGUUUUUUACGACUACUUGAUAUAGCUAGUGAAAGAAAUCUCAAUCUCGGGAAAGCGUUUUAUUUACUCAUUUUCGACCUUGUUCCUUGUGUGUGAACCGCUAAUAACAAUACAGUGGAAUCCCGAUUUUUCGAACCUCCAUGGAAACGAAAAUUGGUUCGAAACUAGUCCGAGAAAUCGGGGAUAAAAUUGCAAUGUUCGACUAAGGAGAAGGAAACGGCUUUUGGUUCGAGUUAUCGGGAGGAUCGAAAAAAUGAGGGUUCGAGAAAUUGAGAUGCAAAAUGCUGCCUUCGAUCACCAUGGCAACAAAACAAAUCAUAGCAGCAAAACCUUAAAUGCGUCACAAGCUACGAUGGGGCAUCACUGGCCCUGUUAUGAGUUUGAUCGGAGGAUUCAGUGUAAACUAAACACUUGUGAGUUGUACAAAACACCGAGUACAGAAAACACUUGGCUUCAAUACAAUACAAUUCAACCACUUCAUUUGUGUGUCAAAACUACAUUGUGUACCAGCCGACUGCCAAAGCAGGGAGCCUAUUAAUUAAGGACAUCUAAUACUUAAAAUGAAGAUAAAUAUAAAAUGACCAUGAGAAAUAUUUGUAUUAAUGUCCAAAGAUUCUCCAACAACUUAAGCAACAAGCACUAGCCAGACAGGCAGUGAGCAGGUGUACUUUUGGAAGAGCGUAGCACAUAUAGUGUACCUUUGCGAAUCAGGAUUAAUGUACUCCUGGUAAGUUGAAAAUAGCACCGUGAUCAUCGUUUCGACAUUGCUAUUCCGUGUACAUCUCUUAACACCUUCUAAGAUCCCUAUAUUCUUGUAACAAAACAAACAAACAAAAAAAAUAUCUACUGCGCAUGUUUGUGAAAUGACAACUGCGAGCGAGUUGUGUGCGCAUUUGACAUAUUUUGUCUUCUUGAAUAAAAUCCCAAUGUUGUCAGACCCGUAUUGUCUGAACACGGAAGGGUGUCUGACCACACACAGCAGGAGGGCCACGUCACGGCUCAUUUCUUCUUCGGUUUUACAUCCAUUUUUCUUGUCCCACUUAAUUAAUUAUUUAGAUGCAGUUUUCAUAGGGCCUUCAUAGGGCCAGUUGAGCCCGAACUUGGUCGUGAAGAGUGCAGUGACGUCAUAGAAUAGCCCUCUUAGCACUUUGCCGACCUCCCAAGCUCCAAGCUUUACGCGCUCACCGAUACAAGAGUGAAUGCCUAACGACAAGAUGGUUUAGAUGGGAGAGCAGGAUAGAGGAUGGUAAAGCGCAUUUAUCAUUUUCCUUUCUAAGAGACGAAAAAUAGAUGUAAACCUGUCACGGGGUUGUUAAAUCAAGUUUGUGACUGAGUAGUGAUAACUCUCUUGAAUACCACAGUGCUAAAAAAUAGUCCUGUUUUAGGCUCACCUCACUAGUUUUAAAAGUCUGCCUUCUCCACAGGCUUCUCUUAUUUUUUUCUUAGCGCAAAGGGCGAUUGGGAGACUGGCAGUGAGAAAAAGGGUGCGAGCGGGAGCUGGAAGCGAGUGAGGAGCGCGAGCGCAGGGAGCGAUGGGAAGAUGAUUUCCUGCAUUCCUCCUCAGUAAUUAAUCAUUAUACUUUUUACUAGCUAUCGCGCGGGGGACGGGGGCCGAGACAGUCCUUGAUAUUCAAUAAAGCUUGUUUGCUAAUCAAAUGACGUAUCCAAAUAAUCAAAAUUACCUCUUCCUUCACCGCUUCAUUCCAGUGGAGUCAAGGCUUUAAACGUUUUAAUACUGCUGUUUUCGAACUCGCACAACAAUGGUUCAUCAGUGCAAGAGGAUCUAGGGAGACAACUCUUGAUCAAUCACCGUAAGUCUAAGUAGUCAAUGGAUCGAGAAAAAUGGCAGAACUAUUAUUUCCAAGCCACAAUUAAGCAGUUACUCCAGCAAAAUACCAUCUGAAACAAAGAGGCCGCACUGGAAAGUAAAUAUUUUUGCGUCUGCAUAUUAAGAUUUUUUGUUGACAGGGACUUGAAGCUGUUGCAGUCAUUUUUUCGUGCUCUCGCUAUUCUGAAAAUAAAAGUGAUUUGACAUCAAUUUGGGUGUGGGCUUGUCUUUCAACGUGAUUUAGAUGACAGUUUGAUUAGCAUGUUGUGAAAUCUUGACGUAUAUCAUUGUAGUGUCUGUCUACACAAGACAGACGUUUGGUUAAACCAGGGACGCGAGAGUGAAAUAAUUAAGUGGAAGUUAGCUACUUAAAGCAAAAUAACUGAACUUUCCACUGUGAAGUAAACUUGCAAAUGGAAGCUAGGAAAGCUAGGAGCAAUCUUCUGGACGACAAUCCAAACCAGCGGAAGAUAUCAAGGGGCUUGGUGCGACAUGUCUUAACGAAAAACACCAACGAUCGAAUUGCGCUGGGCAAAGUAACUCGGCAGCUGGAUAAGGAAAGAAUAGCGAAAGAACUGGACUUUCAGCAACAGAAGCAGAAACUUUUACUUCAGAAGUUUGAAUCCCAAAUGAAAGAACGUUCUGGAAAAAAUGGUCGUGAUUCGGAAAUGUGCAAUGACUCGGCCUCGCAAAGACUGGCGGAUUUGCAAAUCGGCGCAUCUGGAAAAUUUUCGACCCCGCGGUGCAGGAGUUAUUCCGAGCUUGGGCCAUCCAGUUUCGAGUUGCGGGGAUCGAAAUGUCCAGUGCAGUACCGCGAUGUACAUGAAGGAAAGGAGGCGACCGUGAGAGAAACAGUCGAAAAAGAUGGAGACAUAGUGAGAAGGGCUACAGAGAAUCCAGGUCGCAUUGCAGAAGAGGAGAAGCUUAAACGCACCAGGACAUUGUCAGACAUAUUACCGCCGCUUAUUCUCCCACCAAUACACAAAUCGUCCGCAAGUCCAUUACAGAGGAGGAAAAAUUCCGAGAUCCAGCGAAUAAAAGCGAAUGCAGCUGUAGGCUACGAGGGCGUUGGGACGAACCAGACAGCAGUUUUGACUCUCGUAGAUGAUUUGGGGGACUGCCGAUAUCUUAGGAAAGGUAAAUUUAGUUGAAAUCAUCGUCAACAAAACCUCUGAUUUCGUGAUCACAGGUGAUUGCAAUGUUUCUAAAUCUGUUUUAGCAUUAUUAUCUCGUCGUGGUUUCGUAAAAUCUAAGAAUGGCAGCAAAGGUGUGUAGUUCCAUGUUCUGGAUUAGUGUAUUCACUAUUGGAAAUAAAUUUGGAAAAUAAAUAUUUAAUAAAGAGUUACAGUUCUAAUUGUAGGUUAAUUAUUUAAUUAGGGACGGACCAUUAGAAAAGUGAUGGGGGUGGGUGGGGAAAAAGCAAAAAAAAAAAAAUUCAUGCAAGGGAGGGUGAGUGCAAAAAAUAUUGUGCAAAUAAGUGAGGGAAAAAAAUUUCUGCAGAGUGAAUUGCAAUGUCGGGCUUACAAACUGUACCCGUCUGAAUGGCAACUUGGCAGUCACUUUAUACUGCAGUUUUAAUUUCUUACGGUGGAACCCCCAUUCACAUGGUUUUCUCCACAAUUAGGAAAAUCGACAUUGUUCCCUUUCAAGGCUGAUACAUUUUGUGCGUAGCAACCUCAUCAUAGACGCUUGUAGCCAAACACCCUUAUAGAGAAACCCUUACGGAUAACCAUGGCGUAAAAGUGUUAAAAAAAAAAAAUGUGCUAUUAACAACCAGCCAGCUUGAUUCGUUUGCAAGCACAUACCGUGUUUUGAAAGCCUAGAAAUGUAGGAGUGAUUUUACAACUGACGCCCUUAGUAUGGGCUGUUUCAAUCUAGCUAUUGUUUCAAUCUAUUUUAGGUUUUCGACAAAGUAAACGACGCAUUAACAUUCAAGUCUGUACAGACAAAGUAACUCGCGUGUCAGUAAAACAAUUAUGAGAAAGGCGGUCUAAAAAUGAUAGAUUUGGAAAGCAUGGUGAAAUCUUUGAGGUUGGCCUGGCUAAAACGACUAUUUAAUGAUCCAAAUGCAACAUGGAAGACGUAUUUACUUCAUCUGUUAGAGUCCGUAGGAGGACUGUUCUUUCUUAAUUGUAAUUUUGAAGUUUCUGAUUACACGAUAUGUUCUCAAUUCUACCACGAACUUUUGUUAUGGUGGUCGGAGUUCCGCGAAUCUUUUGCUUCAGAAAGUGAUUGGAAAAAUAUUGUUUGGAAUAAUAAAGAGAUUCGAAUAGACAACAAGCCGGUUUAUUAUAAAAAUUACUUUAAGUCGGGAAUCAUUUACAUACACGAUCUUCUAUUU